AUGACGGGAAAUUCUACUGCCAAACAACGGGGGUCCCCAUGGGAUCCCCCCCUUUCACCGGUAGUGGCGAACCUCAUCAUGGAGAAGGUAGAACAGGAGGCCAUAACACAACUAGAGGAGAAAAAUAUCACCCUGUCCAUAUACAGAGGGUACGUCGACGACUGCUUCAUUGUUGGGAGAAGAGAAGAUGUGGAGAAAGUGGUGGAGCAGUUCAACGUCAUCGACGAGAAGCUACAGUUCACCGUGGAGGAAGAAAUGGAUGAGGCACUUCGGGUCCUGGAUCUCACACUCUCGCGAAGUGGUGAGAGGAUUCGAAAAAUGUGGUUCCCGAAGCAGAAAGAUGGUCGAUAUCUAGACUACCACUCGGAGAGCCCGCAUACUCACAAGGUAAACACGAUGAUCGCACUCAUCGAUCGGGCACUCAAGCUCACGGACACAGAUCGAAGGGAGGAAAGCAUUGGAAUGGUAAAAACGAUUCUCCGCAACAACAACUACCCGGAGGAUCUCAUAAAACGUACGUUAACAGACCGAGUCCAUCUACUCUACAAUACGAUGGAGAACGAAGAGAAAAAAGAGGAAUCGAAAAAGUACGUGUCCAUCCCAUACAUCCCGGAUCUCAGUGAGAAGGUGAGCAAAACGCUGAAACAGCAUGAAAUCACAGCUUCAUUCAAGCCAUGUGAUAAGGUGAAAAACACGGUUUUCACCAAGCUCAAAGAUGCCAUACCACCAAUGAAGCAAACAAAUGUGGUAUAUUCAAUUCCUUGUGGGGCGUGCGAGGAAAAAGAGUACAUUGGACAAACGUCACAAACUCUAGACAAGCGCAUUGCGCAACACCGAAACUCAAUACGCACCAAUGCAUCAGCUACGGGACUCACCCAACACGCGGUCGAAAACGGUCAUCAUUUUGACUUCUCCAGAACUCGCAUUCUGGAGAGAAUCGACAACUACGCGAGUAGGCUAACAGCCGAAGUGAUCCACAUAAAAGUAAAGAAAGACACGACGGUAAACUUGCAGCGUGACGUAGACGGAUUCUCCAACACAUACAACAAUUUGAUUAAUAAACUGAAAGACGAGCAACAGCGAACCGAACGACGACACAGUGAAGUAGGCUAA